GUGAAGUCAAGCGCUCCGCAGACUACGAGCAGCAAAGGCAGGUCGUUUUAGAGGCUUUUGAGGCUCAGAAUGCGGAGAAAGGCGAAGACAAGCUGCGAAAAUUGGGCAGAAUAGAAAACCACGGAGAUUUCUGCGCACAGUUGGAGGAUAAGCUGGAACUCUUCAGCAAAAAACUCUACGCCGAGUCAAAAAAAGUGGUCCACUAUGUCGCCAUGUCCGAACAGCUGAAGCCGAACAAGAUUUGGAAACCAGAUGCCAUUCCAAAUCACGUCGCGGAGGUGAUUAUCAAGGAGUACACCGAAAUCGAGGGCAUCGAGAUUCAAGAUCCGACUGGAGGUUUGAUCUACCCCGAAAUGGCGGGAAGGUAUUUGAAAGCGGGUAGGUUGAACGAAAAACUCUAUUAAGGGUAGUUUAUAAAGGCUUUCACGUUGCCGCUUGUUUUGCCGCUCUUAAGGGAGAGAGGCAAAAAAAACGGGGUAGCCUAAAGAAACACCAAUAAACCACCUCUUUUAACUCUACUUCGCACACGACGAAGACGAUUUGUUCCUUUACUGGGAUGGUCGCGAUAGAUGGAUCUUGUCUCCAGAACUGGGUGCGAGCAUCCACGAAGCCAAGUUCAUCGGUGGUCCAUGGGCUUUUUCGACGGAUGCGGUGGCUACGCCGGACAUGAUCGAUGAGCCUUUCUCCGUGACGGAACCGGG